CUCAUUCAGCAACACAUACUUGCCACAUUUCAGUGUUGGCUCUUUUUAAAUGGACCUUAUCAAGGCAGAACUUGAGAAGAAGAAAGCCGCACUAGCCCAGCUUGCCAACGGGAAAAAGUACAUCAAGCGCGGCGAGCUUGAAAAGCGUCGAGAGGAAGAAUAUCGAGAGGAACAGAAACGAUUAGAGAAGGAGCGCCUGGAAAAGCAAGCGAAACGUCUCGGAGAAGCUCCGAGUGGAAGUCGGAAGGGACUCAAUUCACCCUCUCUAGGCAGCCCUUCAGGAACACCCGAAGCCCAUACAUCCGAUGCCGACAGCCAGAAAGACAAAGCAGAUGAGAACGAUGAAGUAGACUAUAACAUUGCCGAAAGUGAUUUGGUGCGUCGCUUCCGAGCACGAGAUCAGCCAAUUCGCUUGUUCGGGGAAACCGAUAAGCAGCGAAUUCGGCGAUUACGGAAAUUAGAGGCUAGCGAGGAAAGAACGGAGGGGCAGCGCAAUGAUUUCCGUGCUGCGAUGGCGGCUACCGAACAGGAACUUGUUCUAGAGAACUUAAAGCGGAAAGCAUCCGGGGGCGAAGGCGGAGAAGAGGAAGAAGACCAGUAUCGAAAGAAACGAAAAGACCGAGAUGUUGAACGAGAGAUGGUCGACACUUCCAUUAUAUCCCUUGAGCUUCUCCAAUCGGAUCGUGAUAAAGCCUAUAACUUGCUAUCCAUAUAUUUCAAACGACUGCUCAGGGAAUGGGAUAAGUCCUUAGACGCUCGGCCGGAAGACGUCAAACGAAGCGUACAAGGACGGCUUCAAGCCGCUAUACAGGCGCAAACAGCAGAGUACAUGAAGCCGUUCUUCAAACAACUUAAAAAGAGGGCACUCGAACCUGACGUGCUGGCACGCGUCUGUGAAAUUGCCCAACUGAUGCAGCAGCGGGAGUACCUUCAGGCCAAUGAUUCAUAUCUUCGCCUAUCGAUUGGCAAUGCACCGUGGCCUAUUGGAGUCACCAUGGUUGGUAUCCACGAGCGUAGUGCUCGAGAGAAGAUUUUCUCGUCGCAAGUUGCGCACGUACUGAAUGACGAAGCACAGCGAAAGUGGAUUCAAUCCAUUAAGCGCCUAAUGACGUUUGCGCAAACUAAAUGGCCGCCAGACGACCACGCAAAGAUGAUAGGCUAAUGUACGGGUUUGUCAAAAAGUUUCAUUAUGUACAAUCGAGUUAUCUACUUGGUGGUUCCUAUUUGUUACACGAGAGACAGCCCGCUGUCCCAGCUCUUAAAUAUUAUGAACAUCCCAAGGUGGCCAUGAGGUUUCCUUGAACCUCAGGUGUCAAAUGUCCAACGUGCUCAAAUAGUGAUUGACCCAUCAAUGAAAACAAUC